CAUUGUGAGCAGUCCAAAUGAAUUCACCAUAUGAUGUCAAAUACCGUCGGUAAACAAGCUAACCGGAAGCCCAACUAGUGACAGCAGCAAAGCGACCGCUUUGAUUAGCAAACCCGCCCCAACCCUAUUUUGUGAUCUCUUUUCCCUCUGCUGCCUCUCGCCGCGCGCGCGAACGGAGCUUCUCCUUUCUCUCCAGUCUCCAUCUUCGUCCUCACUCCUCUCUGUCUCCACCUCACCACGCCGAGAAGACGAGAAUCCUGCUUCCCCGACCCAGCACCGUGCCAUCCUCACCCGCCUUGACGGCGGCCGACGCGCGGCGUUCCAACUCCUCGUCGUCGGAGCUUCCCUGCUCGCUGUUCUCGACUACAGGUUAGGGCAAGGGUAAGUUAAAAUUGGUUUGUGACUUUGUGUUUGCCGAGUUCUGAUUAGGGAUUUGUUGAAUUGAAUUUGGGAUUUUGUUUGUGUUAAGGUUAACUGUUCGGGAAGCUUGAGCGGAGCAGAGGAGCAGCUCAUUUUGCGGAUUCUGUGUUAAAGGAGCAGCAGAGCAGCAUCAAGCCUUUCCUUUCCGGUUAAAGCAAUGAAGAAUCAUGCAGCAUCAAUAGGGAUGUGCUCUACGAGCUAUUUUCACAUUGUUAGGAAAGUUCAGGGCAUAACUUGCCGGCGUUAUUCCACAAGCUACACUGCCAAAGUCACCUCAGCAUCUUCAACAGGCCGUGUGCUCUCUGCUGAGGUCUCUCCAGCCCAUCCUCUCGACCCCCGGGGGUAUCCCCUCCCUCGCCGCCACCUCAUUUGUAAGGUGACACAACUCCUUCGUCAAUCUGACCAUGACAACUGUCACCCUUCUUCCGCUCGACCGAAGCUCAACCCUGCUCUCCACCUUGAAGAUUACCUCUCUUCCCUCUCCAUCGUCCUUACCUCUAAUGAAGUCUGUGAAAUUAUGAAAUCUCUGAAUUCCGCUUCACUUGCCAUCAAAUUCUUCCGGAUCUGCCCUUCUCUCUGCCCCAAAUUUCGGCACAAUUGCUUCACAUACACACGGCUCAUCCUCAUCAUUUCAAGGUCCAAUCUUCCCAACAAGCUGGAGCUUGUUAGGGGGAUGGUUUCCGAGAUGCGGAAGAAUGGGGUUCGUGGGUCCAUCUCUACGGUGAACAUAUUGAUAGGAUGUUUUGGGGAGGGCAGGGAUUUGGAGGGUUGCAUUGAGCUGUUGAAGAAUUGGGACUUGGAAAUGACAGCCUAUACGUAUAAGUGUUUGGUCCAAGCGUAUUUAAGGUCUCGUGAUAGCGUGAAAGGGUUUAGGGUUUAUGAGAAGAUGAAGCUUGAAGGGUACAAGCUUGAUAUUUUUGCUUACAAUAUGCUCUUGAAUGCUUUGACAAAUGAUGAUAAGAUAAACGAGGCCUGUUUGGUGUUUGAGGAUAUGAAAAGGAACCAUUGUGCGCCCGAUGAGUACACAUACACAAUUAUGAUCAAAUUGAGUGGGAAGACGGGCAAACAUGAUGGAGCAUUGACAUUCUUUGAAGAAAUGUUAAACAAGGGCUAUUCUCCUAAUAUAGUUGCUUAUAAUACAAUGCUUCAGGUACUCACAAGUAGCAGAAAUGUCAACAAGGCUAUUUUACUUUUCUCUAAGAUGGUGGAGAAGGGCUGUCGCCCAAACGAAUACACAUAUCAUCUCCUCCUCAAUCUCCUGGCUGCAGUUGGGAAGCUUCAUAAGCUGGAUGAGAUGGUUGAAUUAUCAAAGAAAUACAUGACAAGAUCAAUUUAUGCAUACCUCGUGAGAACGCUCAGUAAACUGGGCCAUGCAAGUGAGGCACACCGAUUCUUUUGCAACAUGUGGAGCUUUCAUGACAAAGGUGAUAAAGAUGCAUGCAUUUCCAUGCUGGAAAGUUUGUGUAGUGCUGGUAAAACAACUGAGGCAAUCGAUCUCUUAGGCAAACUUCCCGAGAAAGGGGUUGAUACUGAUACAAUGAUGUAUAAUAUGGUGCUCUCUGCACUUGGAAAAUGGAAGGAGAUACCUCAUCUUCACGAUAUGUAUGAAACCAUGAAAAACAAAGGGCCCUCACCGGACACUUUCACUUACAACAUUCUGAUCUCAAGCUUUGGUAGGGUGGGGAAGGUUGACGACGCUGUAAGAAUAUUUGAAGAACUUGAGAAUAGCGAGUGUGUACCGGAUAUUAUCUCCUACAAUUCAUUGAUUAAUUGUCUUGGGAAGAAUGGUGAUGUUGAUGCAGCUCACAUGAAAUUCAGAGAAAUGAGGGAAAAAGGAUUGAACCCUGAUGUUGUGACAUAUAGCACUCUCAUAGAGUGCUUUGGCAAGACAGAGAAAGUUGAGAUGGCAUGCAAACUGUUCGAUGAGAUGCUGGAUGAAGGUUGCUACCCUAAUAUUGUGACAUACAACAUUCUGCUCGACUGUCUUGAGAGGAGUGGAAAAACUGCUGAAGCUGUGGAUUUGUAUGCAAAACUUAAACAGAAUGGCCUAUCACCCGAUUCAAUUACUUAUGCAGUGCUUGAGCGCUUGCAAAGUGGUUCGCGCAAGAAGUUUAGAAUGCGAAAGCAGCAUCCAAUCACUGGUUGGGUUGUCAGCACAUUAUGAUGAAGGUCGAAUAUUGCUGAAGCUGCCCAAUACCCAAAGUGAAGUGAGGCUAGUUAUCUGCAUAGGUACUGCCUCUUAUUGAAAUAUAUCCUCCACUUGAAUGAGGCAGUAUCGGGUAUCUGGGGUUGAAUUAGAGGAUCUUUUGUCUGCUGCAUAACCACUUCUCUCUGAACUUCAUCUUGUCCAACAUCCCGAAACACCAGAAUCUGUAUAUGAUUGGGGGGAUUAUCGUACCAGACAGAUUUACUGGUACAUAUAGAUUCUUCUCAGUCUUGUCCUUUUCAUACACUAUAUACUCCAUUGCUUAAUGAGUUGUGAUGGUUGGGAAAGAUGGACCUAGAGUUCCAGUGUUAAAUGGUUCUGAAAUAUGUGCUUGACCAUCGGAACUGACAGCUUGAUAGAGUUGCGGUAAAUUGAAGAUUUAAUUUUCCUGUAUUCUCCAUUUUCCUUCUGCUACAGUUCGACAAUAUUACAUUAUAGUGUUCUUUUUUAUAAGCAGCCUGGAUAGGAUAAUUUUGAAGAUUAUAUUAACUGGGGUUGCAAUACUUUGUUCCUUAUUGUUCUCGGAGUUGAAAUUACUUUAUGUUUACUGUGGUGUGUCUUCUUGAUUAUGGUAAAUUUAGUUUGUCCAUCGAUGUUGUUCUGCUGCAGCUAUUCUCAAAGGAUAUCAAAGCGGAAGGCCACUGCAAGAUACAUGUUCCAUAACCCAGAAGAUGUUAGAUGGUUCAAGGUAAUAGAACGUAACGAGUUAUCUAUCAAUGCCUCGUCGAUUUUCAGUCUAUGUGGUUUAGCUUGUGAAAUCCAUGUAUUAUUGCGAUUGAUGAUGCCAUGUUAUGCUUACAGCCUGUUGAAGUUUUCUGGAGAGACAAACGUGCAUUCCCCAAGUGGGCAGACCAUCGUUACCCUAUGGCCGAUGCUUGACCAUGGGGCACAACAAAUGACAAGACUUGAGCUAUAUCUAUGAAGGUUCAGUCUGCGGGAAUGAAGCUAUUGUUCAGAUUUGGAAAUUUUCAGGUUUCCUGUUUUCCCGGAGAAACAGGGAAAUCAGCCUUUCUGAUUGGUCACAGGAUAUGACUCUACAUGGGGAAUCAGUCUUUCUGAAUGGCCACGGUGUAUGACUGUCCCUUGGCCUCCGCUAGAUUAAGUUAUAUAAUCCACAUUUGUAUUUGUAUAUUGUUUGUUGUGUUGGUAGAAAACAAGUUCCUUAGCGGAUGAAGCAGAGUGAUAUGAAAUGCUGUAAAAUUUAUCCGCCUACAGCUCGUGCUGGUAAAUUUUUUGACUCAAUCCACUCAAAUUUGUCGAGAGAUUCCCUCUUGUUCAGUGCAUUCCAUGCUUCUAUUGGUUCCAUUCAUUUGUGACCUGAUCUUAUCACCUUGUGAGUAGCCAAAUUUGAAGGAACCACAAACUUGUUGCCCGAAAUAGUGAGACUAGUGGUCCAGGGUAAUAUUAGAAGUAUUACGGCGAAUCAUUUUGUACGUGACUGAUAUAGUUUGUAAAGUCAAUGAUUGAGAUUCACUCAACAAGAUAUUUAGGUUUUGACUUUUUCUUAUGACGAAAACUGAAGAAACUUGUAUUGAUUUA